AUGAUGUUCACCAAAAAAAGCAAAAAAAGCAAAUCUUCACUGGGCCAAAAACCCGCUCAGAAGAAAACCCGCCCCCACGGACUGCCCUCCCCGGCGCUGUGCUGCGCCUGCGGACUUUGCAUCAUGCUGGCGGGAAUAAACAUCACUCUAGUUGGCGCCUUCGCCUUCGGGACGUUUCUGCCCGUCAAUAACCCCCCCAUCAUCAUCGGACCCAUUCUCUUAGUUGUGGCCUUCGCUUUCUUCGGCGCUUGCUGCAUCUGUAGCCGGAGGCCGCCGGCGCACGGGGCCAGGAAGUGCAAGCCGGGGUCCAACAUCGGGUUCAUCAAGCCGGGAAAUACGGCCUUCGAAAUAGAGACCAGCGAGCACACCGUGCAGGACACGACGGCGGUGCAGCUCAGCCCGACCAACUCUCCGGAGUCCUCCCCCGCGCACGAACCCGCGAAGACUUGUAAGCUUUUCACCAUGGAGUGCAACGGGCCGGCUGCCAAAUUUAGUGCCGGAGGGGAUUCCGUGCAGCUGAACCUACCUAGAGAUCCGGUCACCUAGAGGCUGCUGACCGGAGCAGAGGAAGAUCUUUACAGCUGCCUGCUGCGCACUGCAGCCAGGGUUCCACUUCCCAGGAUGGCUGCAGGAAGAGGAGGAGGAAGCUGAAGAAGUUGU